CCCAUUUAGAUAAUCCAUAUUUCAUAUUCGUAAGUGGCGGUUGGUGAUUGCUAUACUCGGAGGCUAAAGGCAUCAUUACAUAGCGCCGAUUCCCACUCGCUCUCACUAUUUCUUGGCGAGCACCGUAUUCCCGAUGCCCCACUCCCUCUUCGUUCCUCUCACCGGUGCUUCUCAAUUUUGAGCCGUUUAAUAAUGGCGGAGAACAGCAACAGCAUGGGGGAGAGCGACAAAGAUGGAUCCGCCUCCUCUCCCGCGGUCGAGAGAAAUCUUCCUAGGGCAAGCACAAUGCCUAAAGGGACAAAAUAUGCUGAAAAAUCAGAGACUUCCUCAGAAGGACCAAAUCUAGAAAGGUCCAAAACUGAGAAACAUGGGCAAAAUAGUCCACAUGAUGACCCAACAGCCCAAUUAUUUGACGACAAGAUUCCUGACAAACAAAAGACGUUAAAUCAAAUAGCUACAGUGAAGGAUGAUGGGACUGUUGUGGUAGAUGUUCCAAGCAAUUUUGAAACCAAAUCAAUAAAUUUGAGAUCUGAGAAUAUAUAUGGUGAAGCAGUUGAUGAAGAGCCAGUAGAUUUGCCUGAUCUACAGUAUCGACCUCCGAUGCAAAUAGUCAUUCUUAUUGUUGGGACACGAGGUGAUGUGCAACCAUUUGUUGCUAUUGGAAAACUUUUGCAGGCCUAUGGUCAUCGUGUUAGGCUGGCAACUCAUGCAAAUUUCAGGGAAUUUGUUUUAACUGCUGGCUUGGAGUUUUAUCCUCUAGGUGGAGAUCCAAAAAUUCUUGCUGAAUAUAUGGUUAAGAAUAAAGGUUUCUUACCUUCUGCACCAUCGGAGAUACCUAUCCAACGGAAACAGAUUAAAGAAAUUAUAUUUUCCUUGCUUUCAGCCUGUAAGGAUCCUGAUAUUGGCACCGAUGUUCCGUUCAAAGUCGAUGCUAUAAUUGCAAAUCCACCCGCAUAUGGGCAUACACAUGUGGCUGAGGCGCUAAAAGUACCAAUUCACAUUUUUUUUACAAUGCCAUGGACACCAACUAGUGAAUUUCCGCAUCCUCUUUCCCAUGUCAAGCAAUCUGCUGGAUAUAGACCUGUUCAAGAACCUGGAAAAAUGACAAAGAUUAUUGUGGAGGCACUAAAAAUUACUGGUCAAAGAGGCAUCAUCAAUAAGGGCUGGGGUGGCCUUGGAAAUUUGGCAGAACCCAAGGAUUACGUGUACCUGCUGGAUAAUGUUCCCCAUGACUGGUUAUUCCCGCAGUGUAAGGCAAUGGUGCAUCAUGGUGGUGCUGGAACAACAGCCGCUGGGCUUAGGGCUGCUUGCCCAACUACUAUUGUACCUUUCUUUGGUGACCAACCUUUUUGGGGAGAACGAGUGCAUGCCAGGGGACUGGGACCCUCACCUAUCCCUGUUGAUCAAUUUUCACUAGAAAAAUUGGUUGAUGCAAUAAUGUUCAUGAUGACACCGAAGGUGAAAGAAAAUGCUGUCCAACUAGCCAAAGCCAUGGAAACGGAGGAUGGUGUUUCUGGAGCUGUUAAAGCAUUUCUAAAGCAUCUUCCUCCAAAAAUCUCACCUCAAGUUACACCUGAACCAUCAAGCUUCGUGGAUUUCUUGGUUGCUCCUAUUAGAAGGUGUUUUUUUUCACCUCAAGUUACAUUCUGUGCAUUUUAUGUUGUUAAAGAAAGGCAUUUAUGGUGGAACAUAUAUCUAUAUGCUAGAGUACAUAUAUCUUACCCUACCAGUUAUUAAUCAUCCCAUGCCAUCCCACGUGCUGGCUUUAAUUUUACGCCAUAAUGUACACGUCCUGGCCAUUCCGGUUCGUGGAAUUCCUCGACCCCUCGGCUUUCCCAUAGAGCAAGCGACAGUGGAUCCCACGAGAGUCACUACCGUUGUGCUGCUGCCACGCCAUCGCAUCACAGGCUAAACAUAAAGGCCUAAAGCAAUGAGAACCGGUGCAUUUUGUCUUGGGCGGAACGGGACAGCAAUACACGAGAGUUGGUGGUGGGUUGGUUUAAUUGUCAACGGAAGAAGACCGAGAAAGAGAAGAUUCCUUCACUUUUAAUUUAAUUAAUUGCUCGAUCAAAGAAGUCCGUCGAAAAGUGACCCAACACAGGUCAAGUCACAAUUAAGAGACACCCCAACCUUUGUUUUCACGCAUUGCUUUAUACUAAAGUGCGGUGUUGAUUGUGCACAUCACGGAUGAUUAUAAAUUUUUUAUCAGGCCUCCUGUUUGUUUAAACAACCAACUCCAACAAUUACAUCAAAAAUCAUACUCUUAAUGAAAUUAAGUUUCCUCAUAUUUCUUUUCAUAUCAAUGAUAAUUAUCUAACAUCUUUUUACAGGUUUUCUUAUCACCUGCUCGUAUCAUCAUAAAUUAUUCUGUAACACCCUUGAUUAGUUCCACAUUGAAAGUGUUACAACAUUUUGGUCAAUGGUUUGGACCAAACGAAAUUGAUAGAUCAAUUAGCCCAUUAGAUACGAAGAUGUCAAGCCUUUGAGUGAGGGUGAUUAUAACACCCCUGAUUAGUCCCAUAUUGAAAGUUCAUCAAACCCUUAUAAGUUAAUCUUAAUCUUGCUCACUUUCAAUGUAGAACUAAUCAGAGGUGUUACCCACUUUCGAUGUGGGACUAAUCAAGGGUGUUACAUAUUCUUUCUCAUAUGAACCUCUAUCUAAAUUAUUCACUAAUAUAUUUUUUUUAAUAUAAUUUCUCUAUUCUUUAAAUAAAUAAAUCAGGAAAGAAUUUUGUAAAGAAGGGAAAAUAUAGACAGGUCAUUUUAGUCAUCAACCAAAUUGACAAUGAGAGUCGUCCCCCUUAAUAUCGAGCAAGGAUUUUAUUAAUCCUCCUUAUUGAUAUCUCUUGGGAAAACCUUGACAUUAACACUUAGUCAAAGGAUUUUAUUAGAAUUGUUCAAAGGGUGGAUAAACUCGUGAGGCAUCACAACAAACCCAAAUUGUUUGGACCAAUUGGGAGGUAAUAACUAAUUAAUCACACGAUAUUAGUUUUCUAUACAUGCAAUACACGAGCACAUACAAAAAUACAUAUCUCUAAGCUUCAAGUCUCGCAACUAUCAAAUGAAUGAUUUAACGUGGCUAAGCGAAUGACAUUUUCUGCUUAUUAUGAUUGCAUCCAUUCUAUGAUCUAUCUAUAUUAUUGAUCUUAUCGAAUUGUCCAUGAUCAUAUCAUAUCUAAUAUUUUCUUCAUACUAUUUAUAAUAAACUUUAUGUUUUUUACCUACAUGAUAUAUUUCAUCAUCAAACCGUCAAUUAUACAAUAACCUCGUCUAUAUGAUAAAAAAAAGAAAAUCAAGAUAGCAUCACCACUAAAUCAAUAGGAUCAUUGAUUUAGUGGUGAUGCUAUCUUCAUCUUGAUUGUCCUCAUGGAGAGCAAACAAAUAAUCCAAGGUGAUGAUUUUGUGGUUAUCCUUUUGUGUGUUCAUUUAUGGUUAACCUCAAUAUUCUUGUCUAUUUUGGUGAUUCAGAUAUGAUGAGGAAAAUAAAGUUGCAUGAACUUUCAGCUUUGUAUGCUAGAUAGGUUAUAAUGAUAAAUUAUUUGUUUUCAUUCUUGUGCUACUUAAUGCUCCUAUUGAUGGAUCUUCCUGUACUGGUGCAAAUUCAGCAUUCAUGCUUGAGAAGUGAUAUUGCUUUAGCUUUGGGCUAUAUGGUAAGAAUUGCAUUAAGCAAGCAUUUGAUUAAAGUUAAUAUGACUUACGAAGCAGAAAUUAUGUCUGUCCUAUUCUUUGUCGUUUUUCAUUGGACCUCCUCUUGUUAGCUGCUAAAGAACUUGCUCCCAAUUUCUCUGAUUAGUAUCUCACUUUACUGAGUAGAAACACUUAUGGUGAUUGGAAGUCCAUAGUCAAGACUGCAGGAAAGAUUUAGUAUUGUUGCACCUGUGGAACCAAUCUGUAAGAUCUUUGCUUUUAUGUUGCUUACAUCUAUCUAUUCAUAUUUGAGCCAUACUUCUGUUAUGUUGCUAUAACUUGGAGUCUAUUUUUUUGUAGAGUGCAUGAAAUGGAGAUGAUGUCAGUGGGUCUUUCAUGGUAUAUAAGCAAUUAGGCCAUACAAAAGCAUCAUUAACAAGUACAGAGGGUUAUAAUCCCAACUAUUUGGGGUGAGCUACAUGAAUGAAUCCUUUUCAUUUAUUUCUAAUAACAGUGAUAUCCUAGUGCAUGUUCUAAUUUGUAUUGCGUGAAAAUCCAUCUUCUAAAUUAUGGCAAUGUAUUUAAUGGCUACUAGAUGACAAACACGCUAUUCCUUCUUCUCCUUGAUUGAUAUUCAUGCAAUUAGGCAAGCUUGAUUCUCUUAGCCUAUUUCUGUGAAUUUUGGCAUUUUGUACUGUUUAGGUCCUGAUACAUGUUAUAAAAUUCUCCUUCUGUUUUGUUUCAUAUCUGUUUCUUGUACUGUUUAAGUCCUGAUACAUUUUGUACUAUUUCUAGGUAUUUCCAAUAUCUGUUUGUUCGUAUCAGACUCGUAGUUUGUGACUUCGAUAAGUUCUAUUUUCUCGUAGCUUGUUCUUGUUAAAGACCCAAACUGUUUGUGGAAAAUUAGACUGCCAAAAGUCGUAGAUCAUGUCUAUGAUCUUCCUUUUGUUCCAUUACUUUUUCUUCUGAUUGAGCAAACUUUUACUCCAUAGACUAUGAACGUCCUGAAAGCCACAUGCCAUUGUGCAGUUGCACAAACAUUUCACAAGAUUAGUGGGAAAUAGUAUCAUAGCUUACUCUCUCUUAUUUCAAUAGCUGACUUGAAUCUACAGCCACAUGGGAUUUACUUAAAAUUGUCUUCAGUGAAAUACCUUAAGAGAUUAAGGUGACUUUCCAGGAUACCCUGCAUGUUUUAUCAAAUAUAAUAUGAAUUUAUAAGUAGCAAAAGGAUGAUUCUUCAUUUCCUUGAAAUGCAAUGGUCUAUUCUUGGAAUUAACAGUGAAGAGUGGGUUUUCCCUUCGUAUCUGUCCAUUCUAAGGGGCAAGACACUCUGUUUCUUCUGUUCUCUCACAUCAGGUAACCAUGCUAAACCACUAUGAAACAACUGGUCCCAGUAAAUUCCUAUACUGUAUAAAAUAGGCUAAACCUCCAAGAAGACUUGUUUGUUUCUUGGUGCAGAUCAUGAAGUCACUAUGAACCAGAGCAUGUCUUUAUGAGUAGUCCUUGAUUUGCUUAGUGCAGUUUGAGACUUCACCCCCAGUUCAAGGUGCUCAGUUGAUGGUGAACGCUUGGAACAGGUGUCCUGAUUUUUUGGUUGAAUAGACAUCACCUUUUGUAGUUUGGCAUCAACAUGAUAGCCAAUUCCCACACAGGUGUCUUUCAUGCUCAAAGUACCUGACAACUGUUUGACAAAUGUUGUGGAUCUUCCCUGGGAACAAUCCCGUCGACAAAUAUCCACAUUGGCAAGAAUCUGCAUGAGCCACUUGGAGAUCUGUAGAUGUAGAUGGAGGACAUGUAGGUUAGCUUUCUGUCAUCAGCCUCCAGAAGAGUGGAGGAUGAGACUUGUUCCAAAUGGUUCAAGGUCCGCAAGGAGGUCAAGCCCAAUGGCUGUAGGAAGAUGUAGGGCUGGGUCAUGUUCAGACUUGAAGCAAGAAAGAAGGAGCUCAGAGCUCCCUUCUCUGCAGGACGAAGAUGUAAAUGCUGGAUCCUACUGAUUCAUAUCCAAGUCAAUUAUGGCCAACAAGUCUUGGAUUCUUGUGAAAAUUCUUGUGUCAGAAACCUCAUGGUGUUCCCCCACGUAACAUUUUUUUUGUUGUUUUUCUAUACUCGACAUGUGCAUUAUCUUCUUCGACAUUCAAAGAUCAGAUCCUGAGAGUACAAAGCUUUUCAGUA